AUGUCCAAGCCGUUAGCCUUGAUCUUUCAAACGUCAUUUGUUACUGGAUGCCUGCCCUCUGACUGGAAGUCCGCUACCAUCACUCCGCUUUUUAAGGGUGGAAGUCGUGCGUCUGCGAAUAACUACAGGCCAGUGAGUCUUACCUCCAUCUGUUGCAAAAUCACGGAGAAGAUCAUUAAGAAGGCCUUGGUGCAGUUCCUCGAGCAGCACCAUCUCCUUUCUGAUGCCCAACACGGCUUUCGAAGUGGUAGGUCCUGCCUCACGAAUCUGCUCUUUACGCUCGAACGCUGGACCAAAGCACGUGAUAAAGGCAAGGUUGUGCACGCCAUCUACAUCGACUUCAAAAAGGCUUUCGACAGCGUUCCUCAUCAACGUCUCUUGUACAAACUGCGCAACGCUGGAAUUCGUGGACGCCUUCUUGUAUGGAUCCAGAGCUUUUUGGUUGGACGGUCCCAGAGAGUGCAGGUCGGGCGUCAACAGUCCUCAGAUGCAAGCGUGGUGAGUGGCGUCCCACAGGGCUCAGUCUUAGGUCCCACGUUAUUCCUCGUUUUCGUAAAUGACUGCGUCAAGGACCUAGACUGUGAUGCCAUCCUGUUUGCCGACGACAUAAAAUUGUGGAAAGUUAUUCACGAUGCGGCAGACGCAGACCACCUGCAAGCAAACUUGAACAGGCUCGAAGGCUGGUCGAAGCGCUGGCUUAUGCCCUUCAAUAUAAGCAAGUGUAACUUUCUUCAACUCGGCGGCUUCAGAGCCCCCAGCCCCAGGACCUACUUUCUACACGGCACACCACUGCAACAGGUUGACAGUCAGAAGGACCUGGGUGUAUGGAUUACAUCUUCACUCAAACCAACACUGCACUGCGCGAAGGCGGCUAAAUCGGCUACGGCCACAUUGCAACUCAUUAGGCGAGCAUUUAUGGGAUUUGACCCUGACUGCUUUUCCAAAAUAUUUGGCACCUUCGUGCGACCUCAUCUAGAAUACGCCAUACAGGUGUGGAGACCCUGGACUGCCAAGGAUUAUACCGUCUUGGAGAAGGUCCAGAGACGGGCGACCAAAAUGACACAAGGUCUGGGAGCACUGCCCUAUGAAACCAGACUGUCAAUCCUCAAUCUGUUUCCCCUUUCCUACAGGCAAUUACGUGGUGACCUUAUACUAACAUUUCGCAUCAUCAACGGCCUAGACUGUUGUUUAGAUCCCACUGAUUAUUUCACCCAAGCUAACACGCCCAAUUUGCGCGGCCAUCCCCUAAAACUACGCGCAGGGAAAUCAAGAACCAAUGGACGAAAGUCCUUUUUCAGUAACAGAGUGGUUGCAGCCUGGAAUUCCCUACCUACCGAUGUUGUAACCUCCUCCUGUGUGAACUCCUUCAAGUGUAGACUUGACCUGCAUCGAGCUUCCCAAUUACCACCCCCACAUCCACUCACAUAA